CGUCCUCUGUAUUCCCAGGACUGUCCAGAGGAGAAGGUCCCAGAGAAUCCUCAGAUGACAAAUCAGGGGGAAGAUCUGACUGAUAUUAAAGUGGAUGAUGAAGAAGAGAGGAUGAUGAGUGAUCCCCUAUGUAAGAGUGAGGUGGAGGAGGACAUUCCUGGACAUGUCACUACAGGAAAUCCCAGUAGGAAUUCUGAAGGAAACUUCAUGUUAUCACUAAAUUAUAAUGAAGAUGAAGAUAUCAUGCAGCGCUCUUCAGGAGAAAACCUUAAUGUACAUCCAGGACUUCAGAGUACAGAUCUAUUAUAUAAUCCCCUUAAUCAUCAAGAAUCUUUUCCUGACCAAUCACAGAUUGUUACCACAACUAAAGGGGAUAAAGGGUUUCACUGUGUUAAAGAGUUCACAAAAAUCUCAAGUCAUUCUACAGACAGAGGAUUUCACACAAGGGAGAAGGCAUACUCCUGUUCAGAAUGUGGGAAAUGUUUUACAGAUAAAUCAAAUCUUGUUAUACAUGAAAGAAAUCACACAGGAGAGAAGCCAUAUUCAUGUUCACUUUGUGGGAAAUGUUUCACACAGAAAUCAGAUCUUGCUACACAUGAGAAAAUUCACACAGGAGAGAAACCAUAUUCAUGUCCUGAAUUUGGGAAAUGUUUUACAGAAAAAUCUAAUCUUGUUAAACAUGAGAGAAUUCACACAGGAGAAAAGCCAUAUUCAUGUUCAGAAUGUGGAAAAUGUUUUACAAAAAAAUCUAAUCUUGUUGCACAUAAGAGAAGUCACACUGGAGAGAAGCCAUAUUCAUGUUCAGAAUGUGGGAAAUAUUUUACUGAUAAAUCAAAUUUGGUUAGACAUAAAAGAAAUCACACAGGAGAGAAGCCAUAUUCAUGUUCAGAAUGUGGAAAAUGUUUUACAGAUAAAUCAGUUCUUGUUGGACAUAAGAGAACUCACACAGGAGAGAAACCAUAUUCAUGUUCAGAAUGUGGAAAAUGUUUUACAUAUAAAUCAGUUCUUGUUGGACAUAAGAGAACUCACACAGGAGAGAAACCAUAUUCGUGCUCAGAAUGCGGCAAACAAUUUACACAGAAAUCAGAUCUUGUUAAACAUGAGAGAAUUCACACAGGAGAGAAACCAUAUUCAUGUCCAGAAUGUGGGAUAUGUUUUAUAAAUAAAUCAAGUCUUGUUGCACAUAAGAGAAGGCACACAGGAGAAAAGCCGUAUUCAUGUUCAGAAUGUGGAAAAUGUUUUUUAGAAAAAGCAAGUCUUGCUAGACAUCAGAGAAUUCACACAGGAGAAAAACCGUAUUCAUGUCCAGAAUGUGGAAAAUGUUUUUUAGAUAAAUCAUGUCUUGUUGCACAUAAGAGAAGUCACACAGGAGAAAAGCCAUAUUCAUGUUCAGAAUGUGGGAAAUGUUUUUCAAAUAAAUCAUGUCUUGUUGCACAUAAGAGAAGUCACACAGGAGAGAAACCAUAUUCAUGUUCAGAAUGUGGGAAAUGUUUUACAAGGAAUUCAAAUCUUGUUAUACAUGAGAGAAUUCAUAGAGGAGAGAGCCCAUAUUCAUGUUUAAAAACUGGGAAAUGUUUUACAGAAAAGUCACAUCUUUUUACACAUGCCAUAAGUCACACAGGAGAGAAGCUGUAUUAAUGUUUAGAAUGUGGGGAAUGUUUUACAGAUAGAUCUUGUUAGAUAUGCGACAAAUCACAUAGGAAUGAAAACAAAUUC